AUGACAGCAAGAGAGCACAGCCCUCGCCAUGGUGCCAGGGCCCGUGCGAUGCAGCGGGCUUCUACCAUUGAUGUGGCAGCUGACAUGUUGGGCCUCUCUCUGGCAGGAAAUAUCCAAGAUCCAGAUGAGCCCAUUUUAGAAUUCAGCUUAGCUUGCAGUGAGUUGCAUACUCCAUCGCUAGAUCGAAAACCAAAUAGUUUUGUAGCAGUGAGUGUAACCACCCCUCCUCAGGCAUUCUGGACAAAACAUGCACAGACGGAGAUCAUUGAGGGAACCAACAAUCCUAUAUUUCUAAGCAGUAUUGCCUUCUUUCAAGACUCCCUUAUCAAUCAGAUGACACAAAUCAAACUCUCCGUGUAUGAUGUCAAAGAUAGAUCUCAGGGAACAAUGUAUUUACUGGGCUCUGGAACAUUCAUUGUCAAAGAUCUUCUCCAAGACAGGCAUCAUAGGUUGCAUUUAACAUUAAGAUCUGCAGAGAGUGACCGCGUGGGUAACAUCACCGUGAUUGGCUGGCAGAUGGAGGAGAAGUCGGACCAGCGGCCUCCUGUGACUCGGUCUCUGGACACCGUCAAUGGGAGGAUGGUUCUGCCCGUUGAUGAGAGCUUGACUGAGGCAUUGGGAAUCCGAUCCAAAUAUGCUUCGCUGCGAAAAGACACUUUACUGAAAUCGGUGUUCGGCGGCGCCAUUUGCCGCAUGUACCGGUUCCCCACCACCGACGGCAACCACCUGCGGAUCCUGGAGCAGAUGGCAGAGAGCGUGCUCUCCCUGCACGUGCCCCGGCAGUUCGUGAAGCUCCUGCUGGAAGAAGAUGCGGCCAGAGUGUGUGAACUGGAGGAGUUGGGGGAUCUGUCCCCUUGCUGGGAGAGCCUCCGGCGCCAGAUUGUCACUCAGUACCAGACCAUUAUCCUCACGUACCAGGAGAACCUCACUGACCUCCAUCAGUACAAAGGUCCCUCGUUUAAAGCAAGCAGUUUGAAAGCAGAUAAAAAGUUAGAAUUUGUUCCUACAAACUUGCACAUACAGAGGAUGAGAGUUCAAGACGAUGGGGGGUCAGAUCAGAACUAUGACAUCGUCACCAUCGGAGCGCCAGCAGCACACUGCCAAGGUUUUAAGUCAGGAGGUCUCCGCAAAAAGCUGCACAAAUUUGAAGAGACCAAGAAGCAUUUUGAGGAGUGUUGUACACCAUCCAGCUGCCAGUCCAUAAUCUACAUACCACAGGACAUCAUCAGAGCCAAGGAGAUCAUUGCCCAGAUCAAUACCCUGAAAACCCAAGUGAGUUAUUAUGCAGAGCGGCUCUCCAGGGCAGCCAAGGACAGGUCUGCCACAGGUCUUGAAAGAACCCUCGCCAUUCUAGCAGACAAGACCCGGCAGCUGGUCACCGUGUGCGACUGCAAGCUGCUGGCCAACUCCAUCCACGGGCUGAACGCAGCGCGACCCGACUACAUUGCCUCCAAGGCCUCCCCCACGUCGAGUGAGGAGGAGCAGGUGAUGCUUAGGAAUGACCAGGACACCCUCAUGGCCAGGUGGACGGGGAGGAAUAGCCGGUCUUCUCUGCAAGUGGACUGGCAUGAGGAGGAGUGGGAGAAAGUGUGGCUGAACGUAGACAAGAGCCUGGAGUGCAUCAUUCAGCGGGUGGACAAGCUGCUGCAGAAGGAGCGCCUGCAUGGCGAGGGCUGUGAGGAUGUCUUCCCUUGUGCAGGCAGCUGUACCAGCAAGAAAGGUAACCGGCACAGCCACGCCUACUGGAUCAAACCGGAAGACCCCUUCUAUGAUGUCCCCUCCUCGCCAUGCCCCUCCACCAUCUCCUCUGCUGCAUGCCAUCCUCGCCUGACCACACAUUGCAGCCCCCCUCCUGACGAGUCCAGCCCAGGUGAAUGGAGUGAGGCCCUUUACCCCCUGCUGACCACCCUCACAGACUGUGUGGCCAUGAUGAGUGACAAGGCCAAGAAGGCAAUGGUCUUCCUGCUGAUGCAGGAUAGCGCUCCCACCAUAGCCACGUACCUGAGCCUGCAGUACCGCCGGGAUGUGGUCUUCUGCCAAACUCUGACUGCUCUCAUCUGUGGCUUCAUCAUCAAGCUGAGGAACUGCCUGCAUGACGAUGGCUUCCUGCGCCAGCUCUACACCAUUGGGCUGCUGGCCCAGUUCGAGAGCCUGCUGAGCACCUAUGGUGAGGAGCUGGCUAUGCUGGAGGACAUGAGCCUUGGAAUCAUGGACCUGAGGAACGUGACCUUCAAAGUCACUCAGGCCACUUCUAAUGCAUCAACAGACAUGCUGCCCGUCAUCACUGGAAAUCGUGAUGGGUUCAACGUGCGGAUCCCUCUGCCGGGCCCCCUGUUCGACGCCCUGCCCCGGGAGAUCCAGAGUGGCAUGCUGCUGCGGGUGCAGCCCGUCCUCUUCAAUGUGGGCAUCAACGAGCAGCAGACACUAGCCGAGAGGUUUGGUGAUACGUCUUUACAAGAAGUUAUCAAUGUGGAAAGUUUGGUGCGGUUAAAUUCCUACUUCGAGCAGUUUAAGGAAGUUUUGCCUGAAGAUUGCCUACCUCGAUCUCGGAGCCAGACCUGCCUCCCAGAGCUGCUGCGAUUUCUGGGCCAGAACGUACAUGCCAGGAAGAAUAAGAACGUCGACAUUCUCUGGCAAGCUGCUGAGAUCUGCCGCCGCCUUAACGGGGUCCGGUUCACCAGCUGCAAGAGCGCCAAGGACCGCACGGCCAUGUCGGUGACGCUGGAGCAGUGCCUGAUCCUGCAGCACGAGCACGGCAUGGCCCCGCAGGUGUUCACCCAGGCCCUGGAGUGCAUGCGCAGUGAGGGUUGUCGAAGAGAAAAUACAAUGAAGAAUGUUGGAAGUCGCAAAUAUGCGUUUAAUUCCCUGCAGCUGAAGGCUUUCCCCAAGCAUUACAGGCCUCCCGAAGGGACUUACGGAAAAGUUGAAACAUGA